AUGCGAAUUGAACAAGAUCCAGCAUUAUGGCCACCAAAAAUUACGGAUUAUAUGAGACAAGACUACUUAAAGAAGGGUCUAGAUUACUUCCAAAAUAAUGAUGGAAAGUUUGAGGCAUCAAUACGAAAAUACCAAAAGCAAAAUCGGUCACUGUCAGUAAAAUUAUUUGAAAGUCGACAAUCGAAUGGGGAGUCAUAUGUAAGAAAGUGGUUAAUGUAUUCACAAUCAAAUGGAUCGGUUUACUGCUUUGUCUAUAAACUCUUUUGUUCAGAGGAAAAUAAUGUAUUUACAACCGGAUUUUCCGAUUGGAAAAGGGCACAAGGAAAGGUAAAAUCUCACGAAAAUAGCGUAGAGCAUCGUAAACAUCUUUUAACUUGGAAAACGUAUUCCAAAUGUUCCAAAAUAGAUGUAGAAGUGACAAAAUUAUUAAACAAAGAAAUUGAUUAUUGGAAAAAUGUUUUUCGGCGUAUUGUUGAGGUUGUAAAAUUUAUUGCUGAAAGAGGUCUAGCUUUUCGAGGUGAACAUGAAAUAUUCGGUUCUCCACAUAACGGAAACUAUUUGGGAAUUUUAGAACUGAUCUCAAAGUUUGAUCCUUUUUUACGCCAACAUUUGGAAAAUUUUGGGCAGAAGGGCAAAUGUAGUGUAUCCUACCUCUCUAAGACCAUAUGUGAUGAAUUAAUUGGAUGUAUGGGCACAAAAAUUUACAAUAAAAUUAUAACUGAAAUUAAGGAGGCAAAAUAUUACUCUAUAAUAGUAGAUUCUACACCUGAUCUCUCAGAUGUGGAUUAA